AUGCUGAUCAGAGCCAGGUGCAAAGUGAACGCUGGCAACUGCACGCCUUCCUGUUGCUUGGCAUUGCGGAAUUCUGUCAUGGCGUUCAGAUAUUCGUUCAACCCAGGCAACGCAGCCAACGCCUGUAGGCAACAGUUGGCAAAGCAAUCUGUGGUCAUGUUGAUCAACCCCGUGGUCAAUCUGUCUGGUCUUUUGGAAAACAUGGUGGUUGGGUAUGCUGAAGGAAUUAAAGAUGACUCAGCAACAGCCUCUUCAGAUGGAGCCUCAGUGGCCUCCUCAGCAGGAGCCUCAACAUCCUCAUCGAUGUUCAAUCCAAUAGCAAUCAAAGAGUUGAUUCUCUUGGCGAACGAGGUUGGCUCGUCCAAAGAGAAACCAGAGGUCAGCAAUGCAGUGUCGAACAACAAAGUAGUCAAGUUCUUCACAACCUUGUCUUCUGGACCGCUCUCCUCAACCUUGGCCUUCAAUGCCUUGAUGAUAGGAGACUUUGGAGAAAUCUCAAAGAUCUUCUUGGAUGCCAUACCAUCCGAAUUGACCGGUUCUGAUAGCGGCUGGAGAGUCAACAAGCUUGAACGAAACAACAACCUUCUCGACUUGGUCGCCCAAGACAUCCUUCAAAGUCUUGGUCAAUGGCUCGUACUCUUUGGUGAUCUCCUCUCUCUCCUUCUUCUCCUCCUCAGACUCCUCAAGCUCGAAGUCCUUGGUGAUGUCGACAAGCUUCUUGUCUUCGAACUCCUUCAGUUGGGUCAUGGCGUACUCGUCAAUUGGGUCAACCAAGAACAAAACUUCGAAGUUCUUGGCCUUCAAAGCGUCCAAGAAUGGAGAAUUCUCAACAGCCUUGAUGGACUCACCAGUGAUGUAGUAGAUGUUCUUUUGGUGCUCUGGCAUUCUGGUGACGUAGUCGGACAGAGAAGUCAACUCGUCAGAAGAUUUUGUGGAGUUGAAUCUCAACAGCUUAGCCAAAGCUGGUCUGUUUUGUUGAUCCUCGUGGAUACCCAACUUGAUGUUCUUGGAGAAGGCAGUGUAGAACUUGUCGAAUUGCUCUUGGUCCUCAGCGAUCUCGUUGAAAGUCUCAAUAAGCUUCUUGACAAUGUUCUUUCUGAUAACCUUCAAGAUCUUGUUUUGUUGCAACAUCUCUCUGGACAAGUUCAAUGGCAAGUCCUCAGAGUCAACCACACCUCUGACGAAAGAAAGCCAUUCUGGAAUGAGCUCCUCAGCCUCAUCGGUAAUGAACACUCUUCUGACGUACAACUUGAUGUUGUUCUUCUUCUUCUUGGACUCGAACAAGUCGAAUGGAGCUCUCUUUGGAAUGAACAAGAUAGCCUUGAACUCCAAUUGACCCUCGACAGAGAAGUGCUUAACGGCCAAUGGGUCUUCCCAGUCGUUGGAGAUAGACUUUUGGAUUGGGUAAGAAACGAACUCGGAGUGUCUCUUGACAACCUCCUUGAUUCUCUUCUCCUCGAGGUACUCGGUUUGGUCCUCCUUCAGGAACAAUCUGAUGAUAGAACCUCUGCCGAUCCUCUCGUUUUCCUCGUCGAGGGUAACAGUGAACUUUCCACCAGCGUUGGAUUCCCAGAUGUAUUGCUCGUCGUCAUUGUUCUUGGAGAUCACUUGAACGUGGUCAGCAACCAAGAAAAGGGAGUAGAAACCCACACCGAAUUGACCAAUCAUAGAGACAUCUGCACCGGCAGAGAGAGCCUCCAUGAAAGCCUUAGUACCAGAUUUAGCGAUGGUACCCAAGUUCUUCACCAACUCAGCUUUGGUCAUACCAAUACCGGAAUCUCUGAUCUCAAGAACCUUCUGUUCUGGUUUUGGUGUAAUUCUGAUGAAAAGCUCUGGCUCUGCCUCAAGGACAGAUGGGUCGGAGAGAGCUUGGUAUCUGAUUUUGUCCAGGGCGUCCGAAGCGUUAGAGAUCAAUUCUCUGAGGAAGAUUUCCUUGUUCGAGUAAACGGUGUUAAUGAACAAGGACAUCAACUGAGAGAUCUCAGCUUGGAACUCAUAAGAUUCACUUUUCGUCGACAUAGUGCCUAA